GCUUCAGUCAGCCGCCGGUGGCCGCAGCGGAAUCAUGUGGCUGCAAUGCUUCGCUGCGACGGUGUUGGUUGCCGCCGCCGCGUCCCGCGAAGUCUUCACCAACUCGUUCCUGGUGCGCUUCAAGCGGUCCCUGGGCCACGAGGAGGCGCACGAGCUCGCGCUCCGCCAUGGCUUCGACAGCCUCGGCCCGAUCCUCGGCUCUGACACGGAGUGGCACUUCGCGCACCGCGGGCUGCCGCACGCCCGCCCUCGUAGAGCCAUCGCGCAUACGCGUCUUCUCAAAAAACAUCCCCUUGUCCACACGGCAGUCCAGCAAACGGGCUUCAAGCGUGUGAAACGCGGGUUCCGUCCGCUUCGCCUCCCCGAGACAUUGCCUCCAGCCUCCGAGCCACGGGACCCCUAUUUUCCUCUACAGUGGUACUUGAAGAACACCGGUCAAAAUGGCGGGAAGCCGAAGUUAGACUUGAAUGUUGAAGCUGCCUGGGCGCAGGGAUAUACCGGCGUUAAUGUGACCACGGCUAUUAUGGAUGAUGGUGUUGACUACAUGCAUCCCGACUUAAAAUAUAACUAUAAUGCGGAAGCGUCGUAUGAUUUCAGCAGCAAUGACCCAUUCCCAUACCCUCGAUAUACCGACGACUGGUUCAACAGCCACGGGACGAGGUGUGCGGGUGAGGUGGCGGCGGCGCGAGAUAACGGUGUUUGUGGAGUUGGGGUUGCCUAUCACUCCAAAGUAGCAGGUAUAAGAAUGCUGGAUCAGCCAUACAUGACAGACCUGAUCGAGGCGAACUCCAUGGGACAUGAGCCCCAUAAGAUACACAUUUACAGCGCUUCGUGGGGCCCUACGGAUGAUGGGCGGACUGUUGACGGCCCACGCAACGCCACCAUGAGAGCUAUCGUCAGAGGUGUUAAUGAGGGUCGUAAUGGACUGGGUAAUAUCUACGUGUGGGCGAGCGGCGACGGUGGUGAGGAUGACGACUGCAACUGUGACGGCUACGCAGCUUCCAUGUGGACCGUAUCUAUAAACAGCGCAAUAAAUGAUGGCCAGAACGCCCACUACGACGAGUCGUGCUCAUCAACCCUCGCUAGUACCUUCAGCAACGGUGCUCGGGAUCCCAGCACUGGGGUGGCCACCACCGACUUGUAUGGCAAAUGCACAGCCACCCACUCUGGAACUUCUGCAGCUGCACCUGAGGCAGCUGGGGUGUUCGCAUUGGCUCUACACGCAAACCCUAAACUAACUUGGCGCGACAUACAACAUUUGACGGUGUUAACAUCUAAGAGGAAUUCGUUGUAUGACGCUAAGGGUCGCUUCCACUGGACAAUGAAUGGCGUGGGGUUAGAAUUCAACCAUCUGUUUGGAUUCGGGGUGCUGGACGCAGGGGCUAUGACAGCCCUGGCAGCCAACUGGCGGUCUGUGCCGCCAAGAUAUCAUUGUGAAGCCGGCUCUGUUAAUACUCACACCGAGAUCCCCCCCGAGGGCAGCAUAACGCUGCACAUAGAGACGUCGGCGUGCGAAGGGACACCUAGCGAGGUGCGCUACUUGGAGCACGUGCAGGCGGUCGUCAGCGCCAACGCGUCGCGGCGCGGCGAACUGGAGUUCUUCCUCACCAGCCCCAUGGGCACUAGAUCAAUGAUACUAAGUCGCCGCGCCAACGAUGACGACAAUCGCGACGGGUUCACGAAGUGGCCUUUCAUGACCACGCACACGUGGGGCGAGUACCCGCAAGGCACGUGGACGCUGGAGGCGCGGUUUAGCGGCGGCUCAGGUCCAAGCUCCGCCUCGGGCUGGCUCCGAGGCUGGUCGCUGGUGCUGCACGGCACGCGCGCGCCGCCCUACGCGCAGCUGCAGCCGCAGGAUCCGCACUCCAAACUAGCCGUCGUCAAGAAGGCGCACGAAGACAACGCGACUAUCAAGUAGACACCGAUGUAGCGAUCUAGAAACGAGAGGACAUCCUAAUUUUUUUUAAAUAAAAUUGUUUUUUUAAGCCUUUGACUUCCUGGAGUUUGGUUUUCCUAAAGUUUACAAUCUCCAAAGUAAUAGCUAUCAUCAAAAAAACGGGAGUUAUGAGUGUCGCAAUUAUUGGUUUGGUGUUUAUGGUUACUAAACUUAAAACUAACAGUGGACGUGAAUUUCACGUAUUUUAGAAGAUCCUCUAUUUAACUACUUGUUGACUUCUACGGUAAUCUUUAGAAUCGGUUUCUUAAUGUUCGCUUAUUUAUUUACAUUAAACACUAAUAGACUCGAUGUAGUAGUUUCGUGUAUGCGCCGUUAAAAGUUUGCCCACUUGUAAAAAAAUAAUGAUGAAUGCGCGUGCCUUGAAUAUACCUAUGAAAUGAAAAAUCGUACCGUAUCUCGUAGCAUGUCUCAUAGAUAUAUAAUUGAUUUGAUUUGAUACUUUUGGGGCAAGCGACCGCUAGAGGUCGCGACACUUGCGAAUUGCUUUGUUUAUUAGACUGACCGACCGACCGGUACAGGUUGACAUACCGGUGCUU